UCUAAUAAGCAAAGCCUGAGUUUAGAGACCAAGAGGGCAAGAGGGCAAGAGGGAGAGAACAAUGGCGAGGAGGCUCGAAGGGAAGGUAGCGAUCGUGACGGCGUCCACGCAAGGCAUUGGCUUCUCCAUCGCCGAGCGGUUCGGCCUCGAAGGAGCCUCCGUCAUCGUCUCUUCUCGGAAGAAGAGAAACGUGGAUGAGGCUGUUGAGAAGCUCAAGAAGAAAGGGAUUGAGGCCACGGGAAUUGUUUGCCAUGUUUCCAAUCCUCAACAGAGGAAGGAGCUCAUUGAUAAGACCAUUCAGACAUAUGGGCACAUAGAUAUUUUUGUGUCAAACGCGGCAGUUAAUCCAACAGUGGAUAACAUUUUGGAUUCCCAAGAGCAGGUUCUUGAUAAACUCUGGGAAGUUAAUGUUAAAGCAGCUAUUCUUCUUCUGCAGGCUGCUGCUCCCCACUUGAAAAAGGGAUCAUCUGUUAUUCUAAUAUCUUCAAUUGGAGGUUAUUUUCCACCUGCAAAAAUGUCCAUGUAUGGUGUCACAAAGACAGCUCUUCUUGGGCUUACGAAGGCCCUUGCAGCUGAGAUGAGUCCCGACACCCGUGUUAACUGCAUAGCUCCUGGAUUUGUACCAACUCAUUUUGCUGAUUUCAUCACAAGAACCGAAGAAGUUAGGAAAUCAUUUGAAGAUAAAACUCUACUUAAAAGGCUUGGUACAACCGCAGACAUGGCUGCUGUUGCCGCUUUUCUUGCAUCUGAUGACGCGUCUUACAUAACCGGCGAAACAAUUGUGGUCUCUGGAGGGAUGCCAUCCAGACUCUAAGACUUCAAAAUUCGACAAUUGAGCUUCUCAUCAGGUACUCUGGAAAAAGGUUGUAAAUUAUCAGUAUGAAGACAUUGAAGAGAUUGUGCCUAGACCUUAAUGUGAAGUAUUUGAACUACAACAAUGUUUUUACACAAGAUGAAAUAUUAUAAGUUGGAGGUUGUUGGGUUACUUGUAAGAGUAUAUAUAUCUCAAAUACAAUUUUAUCUUUUCUGUCAA